CAUCAACAUAUCGUAAUCAUUUAGGUAGGCGAAGUGAUGCCUUUUAGUCUUUCUUGAUGACUGGAAAUCACCCUGUUUCCUGCAAGACAAGAUGAGCCGGGUGCUUUGGUCGUCCUCGCAGACGAUCAAGUAUGUAGUGGCACCACGAUCACGACCACGAUUGUUGAAACGAGGUUUCGUAACGACGCCUUCUUUGUUCUUGACCACGACCGAAUUGUGGCGAUUGAAUGAAUUCAAUCUAAAGAUCGACCCUGAUCGAUUAUGGGACACGGUUCACUCUACUGCGAGGUGGACAGCGCCCAGGGCUGCCACGUCCGGCAACAACAACGGCGAUGAUGUCAGAACCGCAGGACUCGCGAGACUGACGCUGAGCGCAGAAGACAAACAAGCUCGAGAUUGGUUUGUGGACACCACAAGGUCACUGGGGUGUCGAGUGCACGUCGACCAGAUUGGCAACAUCUUUGCCAUCCGGCCCGGAUUGAGAGACAACACGAUCAACAACGAGAAUGCUGGCAUGGCAGCGGCGGCGACUUUCGCCGGGAGUCACCUCGACUCUCAACCCAGCGGAGGUAGGUUUGACGGCGUGUUAGGUGUGGCCGCCGGUGUUGAGAUGUUGAGGACCUUGAACGACAAUCAAAUCGAAACGGAAGGUCCCGUGGGGGUGAUCAACUGGACCAACGAGGAGGGAGCAAAGUUUCCCAUCAGUAUGAUGGGGAGUGGUGUGUGGUCCGGACAGAUAUCUCUGGAUGAUGCGUGGAAGGUGAAGAGUGUCAUUACGACCACGAGUACCGUCAAGGAAGAUCUCGAACGGAUUGGGUAUCUGGGUGACGUCCCUGCACAUUUUGACGCCGGGAUAAGAGUCGGGGCUCAUUUCGAACUUCACAUCGAACAAGGCCCCAGGCUGGAAAAGUCGAGACAAAAAAUUGGAAUCGUCCAAGGUGUCCAAGCCUACAAAUGGUUUACGAUCGUCGUCAAGGGUCGAGAGGCGCACGCGGGUACGACCGACAUGUCGAGUCGAGUCGACGCCAUGCAAGCCUCGGCACAACUCAUGUUGAAGGUACACCAGAUCGCGAAACACGGUUGUUCGGACGGGAAAGGCCUCGUCACUUUCGGCAGGUUGAAGGUUUCACCGGGGAGCGUCAAUACCAUUGCCGGACUCGUCGAGAUGAGUUUGGACAUGAGACAUCCGACCGACGAAGGGUUGGCUGAAAUGGAGGAGAAUUUGUAUCGAGUUUGUAAGACCAUGAUGAACGCGACAGGACGGAAUAAAGACGGUGGCCCCGAGGUGACUCUCCAACAAGACUUUGCGAGUAAUGCGAUCAAAUUCGACGAACGAGCCAUCGAAUGUGUCGAACAGAGCGCACUGAGUGUGCUGGGGGAUAUGGAAGAACACGGGGGGCUACGUGAUGGUGGUGGUAGCCAUCAAAAAGUACAAAAAAUGAUGAGUGGAGCAGGUCAUGACAGUGUUCGUACGAACCUACAUUGUCCGACAGCAAUGAUCUUUGUACCUUCAAAGGAUGGAAUCAGUCACAAUCCGGUCGAGUGGACGGACAAGGAGGAUUGUGCCAUAGGGGCAAAUGUCUUGUUACAAUCCGUUUUGAGGAUGGACAAGAUGAGAUACGAGAGGGGGGAUUUUUACGAAUAGACCAAAGAUACAGUAAAGUAAGGUAUACAGUGACUCUCUCGUAA